AUGAGCUCGUCGUCCCACUCCCAGAGCAUCGAACUCAACACGGUGAACUUUUCCAAAGACGAAGUAAAACCCGCCAUUUUCCAUAAAGAAGACGUCUUCGAAGACCCCGGUCAGCCCAAAUAUGACCUCGAUCUCGAAGGCCCUCGCACGCACGCGCUGCUCGAGGACAAACUCGCGCUCGACGACGAAAUCGCCCAGCUCGACCAACUCGGCGAGACUUUCAAGCACGAACGCUCCCUGUGGCAACGCGUGUGCUCGCUCGACCUCGGCGUCGAUUUCCAAGACAAGCGCUACAUGGUGUACAUGCUCGGCGUGUUCGCGUCCGCAGCAGGCAUCUUGUCCGGUAUCGACCAGUCCAUCAUCUCGGGCGCCUCGAUCGGAAUGAACGACAUGCUGAAACUGACUUCGCACGAGGCCUCGCUGGUCUCGAGUCUGAUGCCCCUGGGCGCCAUGGCCGGCUCCAUCCUCAUGUCUCCGCUCAACGAAUUGUUCGGCCGGAAAUCGUCCAUUGUCAUCUCGUGCAUUUGGUAUACCGUCGGCGCCAUUCUGUGCGCAGCUGCCACCAACCACCACAUUAUGUACGCAGGUCGUUUUAUUCUCGGGGUCGGAGUCGGUAUCGAAGGUGGUUGCGUGGGUAUCUACAUCUCCGAGUCCGUACCUUCCAAUGUUCGGGGAAAUCUCGUAUCCAUGUACCAAUUCAACAUUGCCCUUGGUGAACUGUUUGGCUAUAUUAUCGGUGUCAUUUUCUUCGACGUACAUGGAGGAUGGCGGUUCAUGGUUGGAUCUUCUCUGGUUUUCUCCACCGCUUUGUUUGUCGGCUUAUUCUUCUUGCCUGAAUCUCCACGUUGGUUGGUUCACAAAGGUCGCGUUGGUGAAGCUUGGAAUGUUUGGAAACGUCUUAGAGACGUGUCCGUGGAUUCCAACAAAGUGGAAUUUUUGGAGACACGCCAAGCUGCUCAACAAGACGAAGAGCUUCGCCGUAAUGAAUCUCGUUUCCAAAACUGGUUUGACUUGGUCCGCAUCCCCCGGAACCGUCGUGCUCUCGUGUAUGCGGUUAUGAUGGUUGCUUUGGGUCAAUUGACAGGUAUUAAUGCCAUUAUGUAUUACAUGUCCACCUUGAUGCAUAACAUUGGAUUUGACAAUAAGAGAUCGGUGGCAAUGUCCAUGGUUGGUGGUGCAGCUCUGUUGAUCGGAACUAUCCCAGCAAUUUUGUGGAUGGAUCGUUUUGGAAGACGUGUGUGGUCGAUGAACUUGAUCUUAUUUGCAGUGGGUCUAGUCUUAGUCGGGGUUGGGUACAAGAUCAAUCUCGAGACCAAUUUGAAAGCAGCCGAAGGUGUUUAUUUGACGGGUCAAAUCUUGUAUAACAUGGCGUUUGGUUCUUACUCUGCUUUGACAUGGGUUUUGCCAUCUGAAUCAUUUUCGCUGGCGACUAGAUCUGUGGGUAUGACAGUGUGCUCAACAACGUUGUACCUCUGGAGUUUCACUGUUACAUACAACUUUGACCGCAUGCAAAAGGCCAUGACUUACACGGGUUUGACGUUGGGAUUUUACGGAGGUAUUGCCAUCGUCAUUGGUCUUCCUUACCAAUUGUUGUUCAUGCCAGAAACCAAGAAUAAGACUUUGGAAGAAAUUGAUGAUAUUUUCUCAAAACCAACUCGCGUUCUCGUGGGGGAAAAUAUCGCAAGCAUGAAGAGAAUUGUGAAGCGGUUCACUUCGAAGUCCUAG